AUGAAACCUUUACUUAAGAUUGGUCAGGGAAUCAAUAUCUAUCCCUAUAGCGCUAUACCGGUAACUACCGGACAGAGCUCGACGACAGGGACGAUCUGUAUCAUGGAGCACAUGGAAGGGGACCCAUCAACUCUAUGUUCAGCGGCGCCCACCUUAACGCAUGGAUUGAUUAAUCUGUUCAAUGUGCCUGGAGGAUUAAGGAUAGAAAAGAAGGUAUGGAUUUUGGAGAAAGCAGGACUGGAUGCGGUAUGGGGAGGGAAGCAGUUGCUGACAAGAUGUGAAGAAGAGGAUGCAUGGAUGGAGGUGAAUAUUCAGCAGUAUCUGGGAACAGACCCGAUGUUUGUGCCAAGGCUUGGCGAGAUAGCUGACAGCUCAUUUGAGCACACUGCGUUCAUUUCCAGACUUCAGCGUGACGAGAAGGAGACCAAGGAAUGGCAGUAUAACAGAUAA